AUGGGUCUCAAGGAAGACUUCGAGAAAGCCGCCGCUGAGGCGAAGGAGCUGCCGGCCAACACCUCGAACGAGGACAAGCUCGCCCUCUACGGCCUGUUCAAGCAGGCGACGGUCGGCGACUGCAACACCAGCCGGCCCGGGAUGCUCGACAUGGCUGGUAAGGCCAAGUGGGACGCCUGGGACAAGCUGAAGGGCAAGUCCCAGGACGAGGCUAUGCAGGACUACAUCACGCUGGUCGAGACCCUGAAGGAGAAGUACGCGUAA